AUGACUAGGACAUUGUCCAAAACCUCACCAAAUUCAACUAUCGCCACCGGAACAAACCGGCACCUAUAUCUGACGGCACACGCCAAUGCGAACACACCUUUCUCGGGUAACACGACGCCAAAUUCAACGAGCACCUCACUCACAAGCCCAGUUUCAGAUACGGGGCACUCGAUCCCGCAGUUGCGCCAGGUUGGGCCACUAGGCUUAUCUGCGCCAUAUAAUGACCAAUCGCAGAUGCUCUCAAUUGGCAGUCAGGAUACACCAUUACUGACAACAGUUCCUUCUGCAUCGUCAACUCGCUUUUCCCGUCCCCGUGAGGUCCGUUUUCCUUGGAGUAUGCAUACAACAAGCACAAAGUCUGCGGACGACGUGCUAAGGGCAAUCCUGAACGCACUUAAUGUUACUUCCGGGUGUCUUUUUGUCAUUGACCCAAACUGGACCUUUCUAUUGCAUUGUUCAUGGGCGCCUAAUCGGCCUUCUAUGGGUAGCCGGCGACAAGCAAUGGCCAACAAUGCAUUAGCUGCCGCGGCUGCCGCUGCUGUGGCUGAAGCCACAACAGAAGCAUCCAGUACUCCAGCUUCGGCAGCCUCACAGAUUGACCCUACCACUAUUUCAACUAAUGCAGCCACCAAAGCUGCCGCCGAGGCAGUUGUGAUGACUACAUUGAUGGCGGCUGCUACCACUAUGACUGAGGCUGAUAAGGCCACCGAAUUUUCUAGCUCAGAAGAACCUGGAUCUCAAAAUUUGCCACAGACGUCUUGUUCAUCCCCAGUAGCCGUUGCGGCGGCGGCUUCGGCGGCAGCAUACGGCCCCCCAGUCUGCUCCGGUGUGAAUCCGGAUGAUCCAGUACACUGGGAGAUGGAGGUAUGCCAGCUGCCUAGGGUCCAUUUGCGCGGUGUCCGACUAAAGCGCAUUCGCGGAUCGGCUAUGCAGUUCAAACAAGUGGCUGGGCUUGUAAUGGCGGCAAUGCAUUUGUGA